CAAGAAACACAACAAUUGCGUGCAAAAAGAGCUUUAAGGAUAUAUAGGCGUCAAUUGAAUUCAAAUGAUCCAAAUUUUGCAUCGCAUGGUUAUGAUGUUCAAGACCUGGAUAUUAGCGCCAAAUUUCGUUACCCCCGGUUCUCGAUGCCUAAGAUUGCCGGCGAAGAUCUGAGGAAAGCCGUCAGUAUUGCUAAUGAAAGGGUUAGAAAAAGACUGGAAGUGCUCGAACCGCAUAUAUUUUCAAAUGGUGCCAUACAGACACCGGGCUCUGUGGGCUGGUUUGUGGCCGCGUCGGCCAAAACCAAAGUCAUUGCCAAAAACUAUUCGCGUUCAGCACUGAUAUCUGAAGAAGCGACCAAACUAUUAGUCAAUAAAUAUAAAUUAGAUGAAAACCAAAUAAGCUAUGGUUUGCCAACAAUCGAUGUAAGAGAAACAAUAUUAGGCAAAGAGUGUCUCCAACCGCUUGUCUCUCAUCCAUGCUAUCCGGGAAAGUAUCGGUCGUAUACCGGACACUGUAAUAACGUACAAAAUCCCGAGUGGGGUAAUGCUAACACACCGUACUUACGAGUGCUUACAGCCGACUAUUCGGACGGUAUCACCAAACCACGUAUCUCAGUGACUGGCACUCAGUUACCAACAGCCCGUGAAGUAUCACUAACGGUUCAUAUGGGCAGCGAUAGUAUACAUUCACAGAUGACAACGUUGACCACAUUUUUCGGUGAAUUUAUAUUCCACGACUUGGCCCACACGGCACAGACAGCCGGACAUAAGGGUCAUCGGAUUAAGUGUUGUCAUCUGAAAGACCAGCAGCUCAGACAUCCCGAGUGUUUGCCAAUACAAGUGAAAAGUGAUGACCCAAUAAUGGGUCAGUUAAGACAAGAUUGUAUUGAUUACGUGCGCUCAUCCACUGCUAUUAGGACGGGAUGUACGUUAGGGCCACGCGAACAGAUUAAUCAAGUAACCUCAUUUCUGGACGGAUCAGCAAUUUAUGGCUCAUCUGAAGAGGAAUCGCAUGAUUUACGGAAGUUUAUUGGCGGCGAACUCAAGACACAGGAUAUGUCAGACUCAGGCAUAAAAGUACGCGAUUUGCUACCUGAGCUCACAGAUAACCUUCAAGACUGUAAGAGUUCCGGAAGAGCCCGUUGUUUCAAAGCGGGUGACGUUCGGGUAAAUGAAAAUUUGGGACUCACUAUAGUUCACACGCUAUUCAUGAGAGAGCAUAAUAGGAUUGCCCGACAAUUGCGCCAAAUUAAUGGUCACUGGAAUGAUGACCAACUGUUUGAGGAAAGUCGUCGGAUAUUAGUAGCCGAACUCCAGCACAUCACUUACAAUGAGUUCCUGCCGUCAGUAUUAGGCCAUCAGAUGAUUAGCAAAUAUAAUCUACAAUUGUUGACCACCGGGUUCUUCAAGAACUAUUCGAUAAAUCAGAACCCGACAGUUGAGAAUGCUGUGGCGUCGGCUGUUUUCGCUUUUAUCUAUACGGCUGUUCCGCCAAAUAUGGAACGGUAUUCCCAAGAACUCCAGAAUCUGGGUUCACUGAAAAUGGGUGAAUCCUUCUAUGACCCUGGUGAAAUCUAUAGGAACAACAAAUUUGAUGAAUACCUAAUGGGUAUGAUCAGCCAGAAUGCCAUGGGAUCGGAUCCAGUGGUGACCAGCGAAAUGAUUAACGCCAUUGUCAACAACGAGGCACUGGAUUUGGUGGCACUUACUAUACAUCAAGGACGGGAUCACGGUUUGGCAGGUUAUACCCAAUGGCGUAGAGCCUGUAAUAUAGAGCCAAAUGUUGAAGAGUUUAGCGAUUUGGCAACAAUUAUGAAAAGCGAUGCAAUUAAAAAACUAUCAAAACUUUAUGCGUCUGUACACGACAUCGAUCUCUUUACCGGUGGAUUAGCUGAAAAACCAAUGAAAGGUGCAAUGGUUGGACCAACAUUCGGCUGUUUACUUGGCAGACAAUUUUAUUUUCUUCGUACAGGAGAUAGAUUCUGGUAUGAAAACGAUUUGCCACCAUCUGCUUUCGCCAAAGAUCAAUUGGAUGAAAUACGUAAGACAUCGUUGGCCCGAAUUGUCUGCGAUAACGGCGAUCGUACAGACUUUGUUCAGCCGUCGUCAAUGAUAGCGUCGGAUAUAUUUUUGAAUGCCUUCCAGUACUGCAGCACCGGUACCAUCGACAACGUUGAUCUGAAUAAAUGGAAGUCCAAUACCAAAGCCAGUCAAUCGAUGCCACAUAUUAGCAAAAAUUUAUUAAUUGGUGAAUUGAAAAGAGCUAAACGAGAAGUACAGAGUUUAAGAGAGACAGAGAUGGAUGACUUCAUGAAGAAUAAGGGAGUGGCCGCACCUAACAGUCCUCAAACACGACUGUCGGCAUUUGUUAGACCUAAACGAGAGGCUCAGUUCAUUAAUAAUCAGUCACUGGUGUUAGAGUUAACCACUAAUGGUUUGGUAAACUCUUUGCUGCGAAACGGCAGAGACAGAGAAUCUGGUCGUUCCAUACGUGAAGAAAUCGAUGAUUUUGUACAAUCACUGCCACAGAUGGAUAUCAAUGAAAUAGUAGAAAAUCAAUUGCUAACCAAAGAGAGUAAUCCACUUUCCAAGUGCUACGAGUCGAGUGUGCCGUGCGAUCACACGACACCAUUCCGGUCGAUCAGCGGGUGGUGUAAUAAUGUUAAUAAUCCCGAAUUCGGUAAAAGUAUGCGUGUUUUUGACCGUCUAUUGCCGCCGGCCUACGAGGACGGCAUAAAAGCCAUGCGAAAGCGGGCCAAGUCUGGCAAACCACUACCGUCACCACGACUUAUCUCUACAACUAUUCACGACGAUAUCAGUUCACCGCACGUCAGAUAUGCGUUGGCAACAAUGCAAUGGGGACAGUUUCUCGACCACGACUUAACCUUCACACCCAUGUAUAUGGGGGCGGGAGAGACACUGUUAGACUGUAAGGACUGUUUAUCAAGAAAGACGGUACACUCGGAAUGCAAUCCAAUACCGAUACCGAAAAACGAUCCAUUUUUUCCAGCAAUCGACAAAACUACCGGUGCUAAACAGUGUCUGCAUUUUGUUCGGUCGCUCAACGGCCAGACCACACUCGGGCCGCGCGAACAAAUGAAUCAAAUUACAGCCUAUUUAGACGGAUCAAACGUUUACGGUUCCGACAUAUGUGAGGCCAACAGUUUGCGCACAUUUCAAGGCGGAAGACUUAACACUACCCGACAUCCGGUCAACGGUCUCAAAGAUCUGUUACCGCAAACAUCGUUAAAUAUUGAAUGCAAAGCUCCGUCGGGUUAUUGUUUUAAAGCAGGAGACAUGCGGGCCAGCGAACAGCCAAGUUUGGCGGGUAUUCAUACGAUGUUUAUGCGACAACACAACCGACUGGUCGACGGGUUGGCUAAAGUGAAUCCUCACUGGAAUGACGAACAACUAUAUCACAACGGAAGACGAAUAUUGGGAUCAAUUUCACAGCAAAUCAGUUACGGAGAGUUUUUACCACGAAUUAUAGGCAGAGAUAAUAUGCAACGAUUUGGUCUGAGCCUACAGACCAACGGCUAUUACCGCGGUUACGAUCCCCAGUGCAGUGCAACCAUUUUCAACGAGUUUGCCGCCGCUGUCUUCCGUUUUGGACACAGUCUAUUAAAACCACAUUUUGAAAGACUCGACCGUAACUAUCGAUCGUCAGACGAACCGUUGACUUUGAGGACUGCCUUCUUUAACUCGGAUAUGCUUUACACGCGCAAUGCUAUGGAUAAUAUAAUAAGAGGCAUAGCCACACAAAGUGCCGAAACACUGGAUCACGCCAUCACUGAGGAAGUGACUAAUCAUCUGUUAGAAGAUCUCAAGAAACCAUUUUCGGGAAUGGAUUUAAUUUCUCUAAAUAUACAACGAGCCCGAGAUCAUGGUAUACCACCAUAUAAUGAAUACCGACGCUUAUGUAAUCUAACAAAAGCUAAGAAGUUUGACGACUUGUUGUCGGAAACACCAAAAUUUAUUGUCGAAAGAUAUAAGAAAAUCUAUGAAAGUGUCGAUGAUAUCGACUUAUUUUCGGGAGGAAUACCCGAAACUCCAGUUCACGGAGGAGUUAUAGGACCGACGUUUGCCUGUAUUAUUGGUAUGCAAUUUGCAAGAAUCAAGAAAUGCGAUCGUUUCUGGUAA